UUUCGUUUUGUUUUACGGUAAUUACAUCAUUUCCGCUUCAGUGUUGCUGUGUGUGAUGGGAGACGCGGUAGAUUGGAACUGAAGUCGCACAAUUUCUUGUCGAUGUAGCUUGGUGUCAAGAGGAUUCUGAACUGACUCAUCGCAUCAAGGUUCUUCUAUGGCUGCCCAAGCCCUGCAGCAGCCCAGUUUCCUUCUGGCCAACCUGAAAGAGAACUCUACAACCAAGCCCUUUCUCCAGCGUUGCCAGGAGCUGGUGAAAGUUAUUGAUGACUAUCCCGCAAAGGAGCUGCACCUGAUCUUCCCCUGGCUGGUAGAGAGCGUUUUUGGGAGUCUGGAUGGGGUCAUCACGGGCUGGAACCUGCGAUUCCUGCAGGCACGCAGCAACGAGUACAACAUUGUCAUGGAAUUUCUGGAUCCUAGUGGGCCAAUGAUGAAGCUUGUUUACAAACUCCAAGCAGAAGAGUACAAGUAUGAAAUACCUGUCAGCUUUCUACCUGGUCCAGUAAAGGCAUCCAUUCAGGAAGGCGUCCUCCCUGAUUGCCCACUUUUUCACAACAAGUUGCAGUUUCCUCCGUCUGGUCUGCAAACACUAAGCCUAGCACUCAAUCCCUUUGAAUAUUACAUGUUCAUGUUUGCCUCUAGCCUGAUCACACCAAAGAACUACCCUCCAGGCCAGCAUGUGAGCAGUUCAGACACUGCGUAUUUUGUGCUGGUUGACACCUAUCUGAAGUACUUCCUCCCUACAGAGGGCAGUGUUCCCCCUUCUCCAUUUCCAGACAACAGAGGCUCUGUGUCUCCUCCUGCUCCCAGGGCUCCCAGCGUUCCGUUUGCGGGGUAUGGCAUCCACAGCACCAGCCUCCUCAAGCGCCACAUUACCCAUCAGCCCUCAGUCACCGCUGACCCUGCAGCCCAGGAGAUCUGGAGGUCAGAGGCUUUACUACAGGUGUUUGUGGAGAUCUGGCUGCAUCACUACUCUCUGGAGAUGUACCAGAAACUGCAGUCCCCCCAGGUGAAGCUGGCGCUGCUGCAGUAUCGCCUCAGUCUGUCCAGCAUGCCGUGCCAACCCCUGACCCCUCCUGGCUCUGGGACCCUCAACACGUACCAAGUACUUUCCCCCUUUCAUUCACUCCCACUCCCACGGGUCCUGCUGGAGGAGCCCUUCACCCCAACAGAAGAGCAUGUUCUGGUGGUGCGUCUGCUGGUGAAGCACCUCCAUGCCUUCUCCUGCAGCUUAAAGCCGGAGCAGGUGUCCUCCUCACCCUCAGCCCACUCCCACACUAGCCCCCUAGAGGAGUUCAAGAGGGUGGUGGUCCAGCGUUUUGUGCAGCAGAAGCUCUAUGUGUUUCUCCAACACUGCUUUGGUCACUGGCCUUUAGAUGCCUCCUUCAGAGCGGUCCUGGAGACAUGGCUUAGCUACAUCCAGCCUUGGAGGUACACAGGAGAGAAGACCACUUCUCCGACAGAUCCAAUCCAAGGUGUACCUGAUAAAUGGGCCUCAUUUGUUCAGGAAAACCUGCUUAUGUACACAAAGCUCUUUCAGGGCUUCCUAAACAGGGUGGUACGCACAGACCUGGUCAAUGUCCAAAACGCACUAAUGGUCUUCAGGGUGGCCAAAGUCUUUGCUCAGCCAAACCUAUCAGAGAUGAUACAGAAAGGAGAGCAGCUGUUUCUGGAGCCAGAGCACGUCCUCCACCACCGGCAGCACCGGGUUUUCCUCACACCGGGCCACGGUGGCAGCUUUCUGUCUGCCCGGCAGCCCAUGGCAACAGAUGGGGUGUUCAGGGUGAAGAGUCAUGUGUAUGGCUUGGAGGGCCAGGACUGUCAAUACAAACAGAUGUUUGGCACAGAGCUGAGAGGCGCGAUCCUGAGGCUCAUUCAGAUCAUUGCUCAGGCGAGGCAAACCGCCAAGAGGAUAUCAGAUCACUCAGCUGAGGUGGCAGCUAACAACUCCUUCAUGUCCUGGUUUGGGUUGGGCUUCCCUGACCUUAACCACACCUUAAAUGAACGAGAAAUGGACGACACCGGCGAGUGUGUCAAGAAGACCCAUGAGUUUUUGGAGAGAUCACUGGACUACCUCUGUCAGAUAUUUCGGCUGAAUACAGGGCAGCUGUCUCAGCUUAUGGCCACAUUAGGCUCUGGUCAGGAUGAUGGGAACUCCAGGCAGCUACCUGACUGUAUCCAGGGGGAUAAUGGACUCAUCCUCACAGAUCUGGGCCGGAUGCAGAUCAUCAAUGGACUGCGUAGAUUUGAGAUAGAAUACCAAGGAGACCCAGAACUUCAGCCAAUCAGGAGCUAUGAGAAUGCGGUCCUGGUCAGACUGCUCUUCAAGAUCUCAUCUGUCAUUAAUGAGAGGUUUGGAGGUCAAAUGGAAGCACUGUGCUCACGGCCGGACUUCCUGGGCCGGUUGGGACGACACUACCUGGCCAGCCCUGAGGCUGCGGCAGACGGCAAGCAGAGGAGGCCAGAGACACGGCGUACAGCAGAGAGAAACCGGCGACCACGGUUGAGUCUACGCCCUCUAGCCAGCUACAGAGUCCUGCUGAUGCUUCUACUUCUCUACAUUUUUGGGGCACUGUUCUCUUUUGGCCCAAUAUCCAGCACUCUGCUCAUCCUUACAGGAGGCUUUCUCUAUGGACUCUUUAUCACCCUGUUUGGAGAUAAACUCAGGCUCAAGUCCCACUAGCAGGGAUAUGACAUGGCUUUUCUUCACCACUUGCCUUCAUGCUUGGCCACCUGUGUAAUAGUGUUUUUAAUCAUGUAAAUAAAUGCAAAAGAGCAUUGCUUUUUUCAGAUAUCGUAUUGUGGCAUUCGAAAUCUUUGAUUUAUUAAUCUUUUAAAUUUGAGUGGUUUUAAAACAUUUGUAACCUCACCAUUUAUUUACACUGAUCUCAUCAUAUUUUGAUGUGAAGGAAAUAUGUUUUAAAACGCAUAAUGGAAUAUCAAAUGUGGUCCAACGGUCUGAGCAGCUGCCUUUUGAUGCACUAGUUCUGCUUUCAUUAAAACCUCUUAUCUUCCCCACUUCAUCUAAAAGAAAAAUUGGAUAGAAAGAUCAUGCAAUAACUGGGUUGAAAAUAACAUCACAGUUUUUUGUAUAUCAAGUGUGAUUUACUACCUAGUCGUGUCUACUCUGUUAAAUAAAACUGCAUUUUGCUGCUGCUGGAGGUUACUAGUGAAACCCCAAUUCUAUGCACAAUAUCUUUCCUUAUUUAUUUAUUUUUUUAACCCCAUUUUCAAAUUUAGCAACCUCAUGAUGUUGUGACCCCUGGUUUGGGAAACCGUACUAAACCAUCGCUGGUUGCCUCACGGAUCUCUAUCCUUAAAAUGGAAAUGUCUGGAUCUUUGCUAGGUAUACCUUAGAUUAUUUUGCCACAAACUGAUAAACCCUUUCUAAUUCUAAUAUGAUGGUACCAUGUAUUUUUGUAGAUUAUUUUUAUUUCUGCACAAAUUGUGGUGGUGGUAGUAGUAGUAAAAGGGGAAGUAUGUGAUAUUUCUGUAUAUCUCCCCCCAAGCCCUGCAAUGUUGUGGAAAUGGAAGCAAUGAUUUGAGGCUGGGGCACGCUGCCAGAAAUUGAUGACAUUCCCUGGUUGCUAUAUGCAAUAGUUUGCUUGAUUUGUUAAAAAAAUUAAUAAAUGGAACCUAGAAACACCAAA